AUGGGCAACGGCGUCUUCUCCCUGCUCCUGCUCAACUUUGGAGUCUUUGCGGCCGCCCGCCUGCUCAAUGCGCCCAUCCUGGCAGCCCUCCCGCUGCACCACUGGGCGCCGCAGUGGUGGCAGUUCAUCACCGCGACCUUCUGCCAUGCCAGCUGGGAUCACCUGAGCGGGAACGCCUUCUCCCUGCUCAUAUUUGGGCGCAUAGUCGAGGACGAGGAGGGGGGCGUGGGCGUCUGGGCGACCUACCUCCUGUGCGGGCUGGGGGGCUGCCUGGCCUCCUACUUCUCGGCUCCACACACACACACCGUCUCGCUGGGGGCCUCGGCCGCCGUGUUUGGCCUCUUUGCCGUAGCGGUGCUCACCAAGUUCAAGCCCACGCUGCGGCACCUUCUGGAGGCUGUGGUGCUCGGCACCUUUGUCAUGAAGCAGCUGCUCAACGAGGUCCACAUGGUAUCCAGCGGGAGGGCGUUGACCCUGGCCGGGGUCCAGGUGGGCCACCUGGCUCAUCUGGCGGGCGCCCUCGUCGGCGUCGUCCUUGUGCUGAUCCUGUCCCGCCUGCCCAGCGGCGAGGAGAAGUGA